AUGCCUAGCAAAAAGAGAAAGUACAACGCUCGUUUUCCUGCUGUAAGUACCAAGUACCAAAUUGGUAAGUUUGUAAUUGUGAUAUACUUGGUUCUGGGUAAUCAUUUACAUAGAUUUUAAAUUGUGUUGCCUAAUACUUAUUGGUCUACACGAUAAACACAUUAUUUUUGGUUCCUAUCAUAUUCAAACUUGAUUACUGUUAUUUUUCUAACAUCAAAUAAGCUACCCCACUAAUCAUAUUAAUAUUAGAUAUAAAUGCGUUAUUUGUUUGGAUUGUUGGAUGUUUGGUAUCCAUUCACAUCAAAACUACUGAACAGAUUGAGCUGUAACUUUGCAUAUAUGUAGUUAUGUACCAAAAAUAUGGUUACUCAUUAAUAGGCUACUUCCCCCCCCCCGCGGAGUGUGCCCCAUGGAAAUACCUCGAAACAAUAUUCUUAAUUCUACCACCAGUUAUGCAUUGACAAUUGAUAUGUAAGCGUCACUGAUAUAUUAUACAUUUUAGUUACUUAAUUAUUUGUUUUCUUUUAAUAUGAAAUAUUUUUUGUUUUUGUUACUAUCUUUUAAUUUCCUAAUAUUCAUAUAGUUUAAUUUAUAUUUGAAUAAACUAUUUGUACGUAUUAUUUUGUUUACAAUUACACUGGACUAUCAUAUAUCGCUUAUGAUAGUGAUGUCUAACUACAGCCCGUGGGCUAAAUGUGGUUCACUAAAGUAUUAAAUUCAAAUUGAAAAAAAAAAUAAUAACUUCUAAUUUUCAAAAUAACACUCACAUUAAAAAAAAAAAAUAUAUGUUUAACACUGUAUAUUUGUUUCUUAUUUGCAACAAUCAUUACCUACAUAAUAAAUAAUUCAAUUUAUAACUUUAUAUUAAGAUGUACUUUCAAUAAAAUAUAAUAUAUCCAAUAUAUUAUUAAAAUGUGAGGUAAUUACUUGGGAUUGUUAUAUCUGAUACACUACUGAUUUUAGUGAUUUCUGUUAAAAACACAAGUGUUCGGUGUAUAGAUGAGCCAUCUAAUGAGAAAAAAUUGAAAGAUUAAAUAUUUAUUAGUUACUAACUAUUCUGUGUAGUUACAUAGUGGUGUACAUUAUAUAUUAUAUAAUCUAAAGUUUUAUUAUCAUAGUUACCUACAUACUUGUUUGUAGCAUAAACUAAAGUAUUUACCAAUUUUGAGUAAAAAAAUAAGGUGAGAUAUCUAUUUUAAUUGAAAUAAAACCAUCAUUGUAAUUGAGUGAUUUAAUAAAAAAUAUGUUUGGGAUAUUAUUUUGAAUUUUUGAAAACAUGUCUAUAUUUUCACAAUGUGCUAUUCUUGCACCUUAAAGUGAACAUUGUGAUGAAAUAAACAAAAAGUUGUUAAUAUGUUGCAAGAGCAAGAAAAAACUUAUCUAAAUUUAAACACAGUGUCAGAAGACUGACCAUUUUCAAUUUCUUAUAGAAUUUCUAGAUAGUUUACAUUUAAGUGACUUGCCUCUUCGCAGUUUGACACUAAAAUAAGAUACUAUUAUUAUAAGAAAUUUAAAUGCAGUGUCCAGUCUAAUAAAUGGUAAGAGAUUUAUUAUAUAAAGUAUGUGCAAAAAUUCUUUAAAUAACCAGAGUAUUUUUUAUCUAGAAUUGAUUUAACCAUGUUAGAUUCUACACUUCUCUUUUCAUUGAUGAGAUAUCAAUUUCCAAUAAGAAUAGCAUUUUUUAUGACAAUAAACAGAGCUCAGAACCAAUAGUUGAAUAAAGUAGGGUUGUAUUUACCCCAACCUGUAUUUAGUCAUGGUCAACUAUAUGUUGCAAUGUCCCAAGUUAGAUCAUUUGAAAAAUUGAAAAUACAAAUAAUACCAAUCAACAAUAUACAUACAAAAAUAUAAUGAAUGUAGUUCAUAAGGAAAUACUAUCAUUUUAAUUAUUUAUGUGAGUACAUACACUUUUUGAUAUCUUCAUUCAUUUAACUUUUUAAAAUAUUUUUUUUUUCUUAAUACCGAUAGCGACGGGUAAUUCAGCUAAUAGUAUAUCAACCUAAAAGAAAAAGUUUAAAUUCUUGGCCUACCAAGAAUUAUAUUUUUAUGGCUAUGUAAAAAUGGUUGGUCACCACUGGCUAAUAACAUUAAUGAUCUACAUAUAUAUAGAUUGCAAAAAUUAUGGUAGAUAGCUUAUAAUACAAGUACCUAUAUUUUUACAUUUACUUUGAAUUUGUCAUUUGUAAUUUAAGCAAUUUAAUUUUAUGAGUUAACUGGAAAAUUCUUAAAAAUACUUAUUUAUUACUUAACACCAUAGAAUUUAAAAAAUUUCAAAUUAAAUUAUAGAUUAUUUUUUAUAAAUAAAAAGUUUUAUUAUUACAAUUUCAUAUACUUAUACUACAUUAUAAUAUAUAUAUAUAAAAAAAAGAAAGUAGCAAACUUACUGCUCAUGAGUAGGCCAUUGUUGUUAGUAGGAAGGUAGGAUAUGGCGAUUUAGUGUAUGUAUACAAAUAACGAUUCUGUGCAAAGUUCAGUUAUAUAUUUUUUAAUAAAUUUAAAUUAAAAAUUGUAUUAACUUGUAACUACAAAAUAAUUUACAAUUUUCUAUUUUUGGUUUUGAAAUAUUAAUGGUACUUUGGUAUAUCACAAAUGACUGUACUGCUAUCUCUAACAUUAAACAAACUUGCAACUCAUCUAAAAACAAUUCACCUUUUACUCAAAUCAUUUUGUUUAUAGCCUAGCUUCUAAGUAAAUUCAAGGAAAUCUAACAAGACACACAAGGAACUAGUGUAGAGGGACCUAUGUUUUUCUUAAGAAGUUCCUUUUAGGGGUGUUAUCAAUGGACGGCUAUCUUGAUCCUGCUCUCUUACCAAAACUUUUAUUAAAUUUGAUUAUUGGAAUACUUAAUUUACAGAUUGUAUGUGUUUGUUUAUAAUAAGACAAAUUAAAAAUAUAUGUAUACAUAAUAACUAGAGAUGUGACUGAAAAUUACAAAUAAUCGAAUCGAACCAAAUACCGAAAAUCACUUGAUGCCAAUUUUGCGUUAAUUGUGAUGUUCUGUGAUGGGACAGAGGGGCCUUAUUACGAAGAAAAAUAGAAUUUUUGUUUUUCGCACUAGUGGUUUGGGUUUGAAUAAAAAUGUGUAGAUUCGGUUCGGGUUUGUUAAUCUUAAGGAAAGUUGGGUUCAGUUUGGUACGAAUUUUGAUUUUAAAAAUCAGGGUUCGUAAAGUCUGUAAUAACAAACUUAUCUUGAAUUUUUUUUUUGGCGUCUGACAGAAACUGAUGAAUCUUAUAUAAUAUUUUCAAACAUUUAUCAAGUAUUUUAAUAUAUUUAUCCAUAUAACCACUCUCACCCUUUACAAAAAAAACAACUAAAAACCGAAGAUAUUUUCUAAAAGUUUAUCAUAUAUAAAAAAUAUAAAUAUAAGUAAUCAGUGAAUAUUGUGUGUUUCUAAAAUUAAUUCUCAUUGAAUUGCAAAAAAAAAUAAUAUUAUUUUAACACACUCAGAGUGUCUCAGGUUGAAGGACAUUUUGAGAGUUUUCUCUCAUUAUAAAGAAAAAAUGAGAAAAAUAAUCUCUUCAAUAAACUACCAAGAAAAAACUUACUACCAGGAAUCAACUUUGAUGUUAAUUAUUGGAGCAAGUCUUCUGGUCAACAACUAGUAAAAUCAAUGGUCAAACUAAUAUAUUUCUCUCUUCACCCAGAAUCUAAAAUUAGACUCAAAUGUAGAGAUAAUUAUACUCUAUUAUGAUUAUUAUGGAUACUUAUUUUUUGUGUUAUUAAUUAUUUUUUUUUACCUUUUAGGGAAGAAUUAAAAAAAUUAUGAGGAUUGAUGAUGAAAUUGGAAAAGUUGCAUUGCCGGUUCCAGUUAUGAUUUAUAUCCUUUUUAAAUACUAAUUUAUUACUGAAUAAUAUAUAAAUAGGUAUUUAAUUGUUUUGUAUAAAAAAAAUACAAAAAUAAUAAUAUAAUUUUUUUUUAAACAUUUUUGAAGUAAUAAAAUGAAAUAAUUAUAAUAAACUGUGUAUAAUUUUAGAUAAUAAUAACUAAUGUGUAACAUGCAUCAUAUUUAAAUUGAAAAAAAUUAAAUUUGUUUUAACCAGAAUUUACACCAGGAGUUUAAUUUUGUGAAGAAGUAUUACGUAAUUUUGGCUAUAGUUUAUUAUCAAUAAUAUAGAAUAAAAUAGACUUUCAUAUUUAAAAAAAAAAAAAAAAAUUAAAGGUUAUACAAAACAUAUAUUAUGUGAAAGAUUAAAUAUAGUAUUUAUAGUAUAUUCUGCUGAUAAAGAGUAAUUUAUAUUAUGCUGUAGAAUUAUUUUCUUCAUUGAUUUAAUGAAUCAGCAGGCAGUCAUAUAUUUUAGUCACAUUACCCACCCUUAUAUUUAUGAAAUUAAAUAAUUUUAUUAUUUAUUUUUCAAUUAAAUUUUCUUCACAUUUCAGCUAUUUAAAAUAUAUGCUCUAUUAGAUAUGUUUUUUCUUUUUAAGAUGACUAGUAAUAUAUAAUUAAAAUUGGAAAACAGGUUUAUUAAAAUUGUUACUAGCCUUUAAUUUUACUAAUGCUAAAAACAUGCUCAUGUUGAAAACAACUAGAAAAUUAUUUAAAUUGAUAUGUUAAUUUUUGUCAAUUUUUUCUGAAAAUGAAGAUUUAUGUGUACUGCAUAUAUUAUAUAUAUUUUCUCCAGUACUUUUAUAUGCUUUAAGUGGCUUCCUCUAAAUCAAAUUAGUUCACACUCAGGAUUUUAAUAUUUUUAUAGGCUGAUUGAAGUGAUUUUUAGUUGAAUUUCAAUAUUAACUUCACCGUGUUGUUGCAAGAGGGAUGUUUUUUAGAGUUUUAGGAUCUCUGUUUAUGCUGUAGUAUGUUCUUAUGUAUGCAUUUAACCAUCAACUUUGUACUUUGAUAUUUUAAUAUAAUUUUCAGUACCUAGUGAUGAAUUAUUAGUACUCUUAUAUAGAAGAAAUUGCUUGUAACUUUAUUCAAAUUUAAAAAAUAAUAUAUUUAUUUAUUUAAAUAAUACUGGGGCUUUUGAAUUAAGAUCUAUAUGAUGUCUAUACUACUUAUUAUUUCUUUUGUUGAAACAUAUUGAUUAGUAAACAUUUUUAAACAUUUUAUAUCAGGAGUCGGCAACCUGCGGCCCAUGUAGCGGUUUUAUGUGGCCCGCGAUUGCAAUUUAUAAUUAGUAUAAAAAUAUGGAAUAUCACAUUAUGUUAUUAUCAACUAACAGUUGUUAGUUUAUAAUAACUGUUACAUAGUGCCUCUUGGUUUAUACACCAAGAGGCACUAUGUAGCAAUGUUUUGGCUUGGAAAAAUAUCAUGGAUAAAAUUGUACCCACCAUAAAUUAUAUACGAAAAAUGGGUUAGCCCAUCGACAAUUCCAAAAGUUCUUAGAUGAAGUUGAAGCUGAAUAUGGUGAUGUUAUUUAUUUCACAGAAGUUUGUUGGUUAAGUAGGGGAGCAUCUUUAAAACAAUUUUUUACUCUCAAAGAGGAAAUAAAUAUAUUUAUGAAUGAAAAAAUUAUGCUUAAAACUGCUUUUCAUGAUGGCCACAACUUACUUUAGUUUUAUUGAAGUCUCUGUGAAACAAAAUUUAGUAAACUAUCCGCGUUUGGCAGCACUUUUAUUUGUGAGCAAACUUUCUCACUCAUGAAAUAUCAAAAAAGUAAAUAUACUUCCCGAUUAACGGAUCAUCACUUGAAUGAUGUUUGGAGAAUUUGUACAUCGAAAAUCAAACCUACAAUCAAUAAACUUGUCAAUGCUGUUCAAAUUCAAAAAUCACAUUAAUUUUUGCUUUUUUUUUUUGUAUUAUUAUUAAAACUCUGUUAUCACCUAUAUACCAUGUUAAAUUAAUAUAUGUACCAAACAGUGAUGAAACUUAAAUAAAUAAAAUUAAAUAUUGUUUAAAAUUUAAAAUGUAAAUAAAAUAAGGUGUAUGGCUCGUAAAAAUUGUUUUUAUUAUUUUUGGCCCUUGACACCAAAAAGGUUGCCGGCCCCUGUUUUAUAUUAUUAAUCUUUCAAUGAGAGCAUCGGUUAAAUAUUUGGCCCUUGGGUCUCUAAAUGUUUUAAUCCGGGCUUGGCCGGAAAAAGCGUUACUAGUGGCAAUUUUUGAUUAGAACUAGAUAAUUUAUAUCACUAUUCAAGAUAUAUUAAUUCAUGAUUUAUAUCAUAAUGAGAGCUUGAAUUAAUUUAAUACUACUAAUUAUGAAUUUACAUGAAAUACCUAUUAUCACUUGCCAGUAUAACCUAUUCUCUAUUUGUGGUCCCUUUAUAACUUAAACAUCAGAAUUAAUAAAUAAAUGUAUUAAAUAUAGUAAGGUUAAAUUAAUACAGUAAGUAAUUCAUUAAAAAUGAAGUACUGUACUGGUAAGGUAUUAGCUGGAGAAAUUUUUACUCAAGUAACAGAGUUCUGCUGAUCACUGGUCAUUUUUUUUUUUACAUAAUAUAGUAAUAAUUUAAAUUAAUCAUUGUUAUUUACCUAGUUGUAUAAUAUUUCAAAACAAUUAUUUUGUGCAUUAUGUUUAUGUAUUCUUAAUGUAUUCUAUACCUCGAGCAUUAGAACUUUUUGUUCAUACUCUUUUAAACAAAGCUGGGGACAUAACAUUGCAAAAAAAUGCACGGACCUUAACUCUUACCCAUUUGUAAGUAUUUUAAACAUUUUUGUAUACUUAAUAUAGUAAUAUUACACAUUUUUCCUUUCAGAAAACAAUGCAUCUAUUCAGACAGUCGACUUGAUUUUCUCAAAGAACUAAUGAAAAAUAUUCCUGACCUAAAUGAAGAAUUGAACACUGUAAGCAGCAUACCUCAACCACCUAUUGUGCUAAUGAAACAAUUUUCAAAUAGUGAGAGUGAAGAAGAAGAAGAAGAAGAAGAAGAAGAAGUGUAAGUUUUAGUUUAUAUUUUACUGGAGCCUAUGGUUUAUAAUUAUUUUAUUUUAUUUCUUAUGUUUUUUGAGUUCACAUUCAAUGAUUGAAUUAUAAGAAUAAAAAAAAUAUUUAUUAUUAUGUUCCCUUAGAAAAUCAAUAAUAAUAAUAGUUUAAAAAAUUAAUAAUGCUCACAAAUAGACCAUUGUGUUGUAGGUGUGUAGUAAGAAAGUUAGAAUAUACAGUGAAAUUAAAUUUAUCUACUGUGUACAAUUAUAAAACAUUGCCAGGGAAAAACCGAUUUUAAAUGGAAUAGUGUGUACUGUUUUUGCUAAGAUAACCCAAAAAUCAACUGAAAUGAUCAUUGUUAAUUUGUUAAAUUCUAUAUAAUUUUACACUUUUUUUAUAAAUAAUGUAUUACUGGUGAAAAUUUUUCUUCAGUUCAUGUAUUGCAUGAAAUUGGAGCAUUGUUACUAAGUACCAAAAAAAUAUUUUCCAAGAAUAAAAACAAACAUCUUAAACUAAAACUAAUACCUUCUUCCAUAUACUGAAAUUAAAACAAAUAUUAAUUUCUAAGAAUAAGUUAUUUUUAUACAUACUAAUUAUUCAAGUCAAAUAUCAUUCUGUUACAUUAGAAAAUAAAUCUAACUUUUUUAUAUUUAAUCUAAUCUAAUAUAUAUUUAAAAUCAUAGAUUUUAUAAUACAUUAUUUUACAUCAAUUUAAAUUUUUUUAAUAAAAUAAUAUUGAUAAAAAAAAAUCAAUUCAAAAUAUAAUGUAACAAAAAUAAAAAAAAAACAGUACUAACAUAACAUUAAUCAAAAAUAAAAUUCUGUUAAAACACUUGAACAACUUAAGAAGUCAGACCACUAAUGCUUGUCAUCAUUAAUUAAUGACUAUUCAAUUAAACUAUAAGAUAACAAUUAUCUGUAAUAUUGAAACAUGCAAACUAUGAUCUUAAUGUAAAAAUGCAUACAUAUUAAUAUGCUAAUUAAUUUUAUAUGAUUUAUGAUGGGUUUUAAAUGAUUAAAAUUAUUUUUUUUAGUUAAUUUUGUGAUUUGAGUUUUGGGUUGUGUGGAUUUAUUUGGGUUGAUUUGGGUAAAAAACUUAGCUUAUAGCUAUAAAUUAAACAUAUAUUUGAUGACAAACUACAUACUCAAAUUUUGGGUGACUAAAUACCUAAAAUAUUUACUUACCUACUCUUUAAUUAUUUACCCAUGGCACAUCACUACUGUUAUUGCAAACGCCUUAUUAGAUCAGAAGAAUAAUCUAUUAUUUUUUUAAGUUUUGUGGUAUUUUAUUAUAAAAAUUAAAACUGUAAAACAUUUUUUUAGUAAAAAUUUGAAAUUAAAAAAAAAAAGGAGAUUAUUCAUAAGAAUAUGUAAGUUGGUAAAUGCCCAGAUGCUGUUGAGCCAAUGACACAAACAUAUUAAAGUUACUUGAUUUACACUAUGAUUAAUUUACACUUACACAAUGAUUAUUUAAAUAACUUCAAAUAGUUUUUUUGUAAUUUAUUUCAAGACUAAUCAUAAAAUAAAUCAAUAAAAAUACUUACAGAAAAUUAUAUAUAUAUGGCUUCUUUGUGUAUAAUGUAUACAUAUUGUGAAUCAAAAUGUGUGGUAUUAUCAAAAAUUUAUCAAUCAAUAUUUAAAAUGUGUAAAUGUCCUCAUUAUUUUAAAGCCUGGUAAUUUUUUUUUUUUAAUUGCAGAUUUUCUAGUUAACUUCUCAAGAUUCAUAUAAAUUAAUCAAGUUACUGACACAAGUUAAAAAAGAAAUAAAUGUCAAGAGGAUUUUCAUAUUUGACAUAAACUGGGAAGUGAUUAAUCAAUUUUUUUUUUUCAUUCAAAGCAUUUAACUUAAAUUUUGUUAGGUGCUUUAAAAGCAAUACAUUUUUAUUCUUUAAAUUACUUUUAAGGUAUUAAAGUAAAUAUAAUUAUCAUAUUAACAAUAUUAUAAAUAAAUAUUUAUUAGUUAUUUAAACAAAGAGUUAUUUGUGUAACAUUAUGAACUUUAAAAAAGAAUUCUUUAAAUAUUUUUGUAGGUAAAAUUUAUUAUUUAUUUAAUUCUAAAUUUUUGGAUUUUAUAAAAUAUUUUAAAAUAAUGUUAUUAUGUUAUUUUGCACUUAAAGUCUUUAUUAAUUUUUAACAGGGUUACACAAGCAAUACAUGAACUGUGUGUAAAAUUUUUAAAUAAAUUUCUAAUUAAAAUAUUUGUGUUGUUAUUUUUUAGUGAGAUUAAUGUUGUUUUAAAUUCUGAGUGUAGAAAUGUAUGAAGAAUGUAUUGGUUUUACUAUGAUUUUUAUUUUAUAUGUUUUUUUUAUACCUGACAAAUUUCUACCAGAAAUCUUGCUUCAAUAUGUAAGUGUGGCAUCUUAUUUGAAAAAAAAAUUUGUCUAGAUGAUAUUUUUUGAUUUUCCCAGUAGUUUUCAUAAUAUCUUGGAAAACCAGGGUUAAAAAGUAAGAAAAACUGAAAAAAAUUACAAAAAUAAUGUUUCUAUUAUUUUCAGUUUUAUUUUCUGUUAUAAUUCAGUUAAAAAUAUCCGUAGACUUAAAAUUUUGAUGUAGGCAUAUUUACCUAUUUUGGAGUGGUAAAAUUGUCUACAUUUUUGAGUUAUUUAUAGACAUUUUAAUUUUGAAUAACUUGUAUGUAAUUUUUUAUUUAUCUACUCUGUAGAUAAAAUUAUUAGGCCUAACAGAAAUGCUUGAAAAUUAAACAGGGGUUCAUGAUAAAUUUUAUUUAGUGGUCAACAAAAAAGUAAUGGUGUUUAAUGUAUACCUAGUAUUUUUAAGAAUUUGAAUAACAAUUAUGAACUAAAAUCAUUAAUAUUAUGGUUUUUCAAAACAUAUUUUGUAUGUAAGUAUGUACCUAUAUAAUAUUUGAUGAACUACCUGAAAAACUAGGUGUUCAUAUAAAAACAAUAUAUUUGUAAAAUAGAUAGAUAAUAAAGAGUAUAAAUGGUAUAAAUAUGUUUGGGUCAUUUAUUGUUGUAGAAUACUAGGCCACCCCUGGUGUCUACUGAUUCUUUAGUAAAAAUAUGCAAGAAAAUUAAUUCUUUUACUCAGGUGUCAUCCAUCAGAUUAAGUACCCAACUGAUAAAAAUGGUAAACUGUAUCUACUUGAUUAGUGAUUUGAUAAAUAUUGUAUUUAUUAUUAAUUAUUCAUUUAAUGUUUAUUUUAUAAAAUACAAUGUUGAGUGAUUUUGUUAAAAGUUUAAAAAUAUAUUUUAGUAUAUAUAUGUUAUAUAUUUUGGUUUUACAAUAAUGUUUGUUUUUUUUUCUGUGAACAACUUUCCACCAACAAUUUUGUUCUGAUUUUCAAGUGUAGCAUUUUUCUGAAAGGAAAUUUAACUACGGUAGAACUUACUUUUUCAUUUUAUAAUAUUUACAUAUUGUUCUAGUUAUUUGUAUGUAUCAUUUUGUUAAUAACUCCAUGAACUAUCACCUAUCUGUGAACUACUUGUAUAGAUCAUACAAAUUACAGUAGAUCGCUUGUGGAUCGCUUUGAAUUUUAAUAGUCGCCUCUAUGUUAACUUUGUAUAGGUCUCCGCCUCCACCUACUGCAUCCUGUAUAUAAUAAUAUUACGUUCUCGAUCAAUAUGUACAUAUUGUACCUAUUAAUAUGUAUAUACGACUUAUAAUGUAUAUAAAACACGAUGUAUGUAUGUGUAUGUUACGAUUAACAUACAGGUACGAUUGUUGAUGAUUACUGAACAACGAAUUUAAAACCUAUUGGUUUUUUUUCCAGAUCAUUAAUCAAGCGGCGGAUACGUGGAUGUGAAAUGACAGAAACAAUCAAAACGCUGAUCGCGAACGGUGGAUGUGUGUGCGGAUCAUCGGGCUAUGCUUACAGAUGGCUAUUGUCACGUCCCGUGGAUGCCGACCCGCUGAGUGCGGCACGGUUGUUACUGUCGACUUGCCGCCGACAGGCCCACGCGUGCUGUCCGGCUGUUAGACGUGCCUGUUCGGCCUUGGUUUUUGACCCAGCGUGGGCCGACUACCUGCUGGAAAGCCUAUCGUCACCCGACCGUUACAUACGGUACUCAGCAUCACGCGCAGCUACCGAGACGGUCUGGUGUCAUGACGGGCCGUUGCAGGUCCGUCUGAUAGACGGUUUAGUGUUAGCUACGAUCACUGCCAUGCGUGUCCGGGAGACGUCACCAACAUCGGCCAUCGGAGUUAUCGCAUGUGUACUCGCGAAUGACAAAGAUUCCUGCAUCCGGAUACCAGCGGUUACCCGUACAUCUCGCUGUGCCGGACCAACGACUGAUCGAUCUGCCGCCGUCUCCUCGGAUCAUCACGAAAUCAAACGGCUGUUGUUGGACCGUCUGGAAGGCUGUUGGACGGAUUUGGUGACUGCCGUUAUAGACAAUGGAGAAAAUAACGACUGCAAAGACGAGAAUGAUAACAAUAUUGUCACACGGAUCGAGCUCAUACGGCUUUGGAAGUCCGUGUUGUCAUCGACGGAUCACAGUCGAUAUUAUACCGAUUUGCCAGCAUUAAUGGACCGACUAUUGUACCGGACGGAUACGGACCCGAAUGUGUGGCUCAACGCUGUACGGCUUUUAAGUGCCAGCCUGGUCCACCCCGAGAUGACUGACGAAUUGAUGGCGGUUGCCGAUGAGGUAGCCACCGGCAUCACCCGGCGGCGGCUUUUGUACUUUAUGUGCAAAACUUUGACAGGGCAUCAGGCCAAAGUCGUUCUGCAAGAGAUCGUGUUGCUGGCGAUGAGGUCACUGCGCGUGCUAGUCACCUUUGGUCGAGUAACGACCGACCAGACGGCCACGCUCGUUGUCGAUUGCCUGGACUCGUAUGUCAAGUCAUCCACGUUGUUUGCGGUCGACGUCCGGUUCUGUCGGUGGCUGGUCCGGCUGAUGUGCGAUCGGGAUGACGUAGUCGUCGAGUGUUUGGCGUGUACCUUAGCUAUCGUGGACGCAGCACCGGCCAUCCGUCCACUGUUCGAGCCGCUGGAGAGCUUUGCUGAGUUGCUCGCUUCCGUUUCUUUUGAACCAGACGUGCUUUUGGACUACUUGAUAUCCGAUGAAAACGAAUUUUUACCGUACUUGUUGAACAUGCUAAAAACUGCCGCCAGAGAUAUCGGACAAUUUUCCCAGUGCUGCGGCUCGGAUACCGAACGAGCCAUGGACCUGUUGAUCAGACUCCGGUUAAAGAUUUUGAAAUUGCACGAAAAGAACGUGUUCCCAUACAACAUCAUGCCCAUCGCAAAACUUAUCCACUGUUGUGAAAAAUUAUAUUCUCAAAUGCAAGAGGCGUAA